AUGGAAGUGCAAUGGUCUCAGAAGCACAUGACCUCCACCAAGAAGCCACAGUUUUUCAGGGAAAUUCCUAAUAUCUUUCUGAGAGAACAUGGAGGCAGUCUCUCAAAUUUUGUAUUCUUCCACCCUCCCACUGGUGCAGUAUCGCUUGUAGAAUUGUUGAAAGGCCAUGGUGAGGUUUUGCUCAGCAGUGGGUGGCAGCAAUUUGCUGACCAUUACUCUAUAGAAUAUGGGUAUUUCUUACUAUUCAGAUGUGAAGGCGAUUCACAUUUCCAUGUGCUUGUAUUUGACAUGACCGCUUCUGAGAUUGAAUAUCCAUGUGCUACUAAUCCAACCAUUGACCAUACCCACCACCAAGUUUCUCUUGAGAUUUUGGAUGAUUUUCCUAUCUCCCAAACAACAAACCAUGUAGACAUGAUCGAUAUUGCCUCUAGUGAAGAAGAGUUCCACCCUAAUGAGGCAAGCAGUUUGCUCAAGUCCGAGGAAAUUGAGAGUGACUUUCCACCAACCCAGAAAACAAGUAAGACGUACAAGAGGAAAGAAUUCUUCUUUGAAACCUCAUAA